AUGUCUGAAAAGCCAAUAUUACCCUCGAUUGUGUCCAUGGGAGCACUCACAAUCAAUGACACUUCAAAACAUGGGUUCGGAUACAACCCCCUGGUUGGGCCUUCUUCCAAUGCAAUCACUCCGGAGUCAUCGUCUAUUCUCUUGAAUAAGCGCUCUAUCAGCCUAACUCCCGUCUCACACAACUCGAUAUACGACCGAAAUAUCAAUACCAAGAAGAUCAAUGAGAUCAGUCUAUCGUCACUAGCAUACCUCUUCUGUGAGGUGGUGAACUGGGCACUGUCACAGUCCAAAGGGAUUCAGGAUCUAGAAAAUAGACUUAAUGGGCUUGGGUAUCAGAUAGGCCAGCGGUUUUUGGAGCUAGUAAAACUACGAGAGGGAAUGAAGCACGGCAAGAGAGAGAUCAGAAUCAUCGAGAUUCUACAAUUUAUACACGGUCCCUUCUGGAAGAGCCUCUUUGGGAAGACAGCCAACGAUCUAGAGAAGUCACAAGACGUGAAUGACGAGUAUAUGAUCAUCGAUAAUCUUCCGAUAGUUUCCAAGUUCAUCAGUAUACCGAAAGAGUACGGCAAUUUGAAUUGCCUGGCAUUUGUCGCUGGUAUUAUCGAGGGAGCAUUAGACUCCUCCGGCUUUCAUGCUACAGUUGUGGCACACUCGGCGCCUUCAGAGAACCAUCCACUUCGCACGGUGUUCUUAAUCAAACUAGACGAACAAUUGCUUCUCAGAGAGGAGAUUAGAUUCAAUUAG